GAACGAUAAAUCCGCGGUUACACUGAUUGUGACGUAGACGUUGGCCCACAGGGCGCCCGCAAACAACAGAAAUAUAAACAGCAACAUCUCCCUAUAACUAACAUGGAAAUCCGCAACGAUGAUCCUGGGGCCGUGCAAUAUGGAAACUUCAUGAAUUACUAUCAAUUCAAUUCGGCCUCGGAGAGGGUGAAGCUGCUGCCGGACAAGGAUAUCUGGCUGCCUGCUGUCCUAGAGGAUGAGAAGCGGCCCUAUCUCGUUCUGGAUGUCGGCUGUAACUGUGGCGUCUUCACCCAAAUGCUGCACAGCUACCUGGAGGAACGCCUGCAGCGCUCCGUGCAGAUUCUUGGCGUGGACAUUGACGAGCGACUUAUCCAGCGCGCCAAGGAGGAGAACACCUGUCCCGAGAAGAUCACAUACGAGUGCGUAGAUGUGAUGAACGGAUCGGACUUUGAGACAGUGCUAAGCUACUUGCACGGCCAGGAGCGGCAGAAGUUCGAUGCCAUCUGCUGCUACUCCAUCACCAUGUGGAUCCACCUCAAUCAUCAUGACGAAGGCCUUAAACUGUUCCUGCGGAGUCUGACGCAUUUGUCAGAGCUACUCGUGGUGGAGCCACAGCCCUGGAAAUGUUAUCAAAGGGCGGAGAAGAGACUCAAAAAAGCGGGCGAGGUGUUUCCGCUCUUCCUGGAGCUAAAAUGGCGCUCGGACGUGGAGAAGCAGAUAGAUAUCUACCUGGAGCAGACUCUGGACCGGCGAAAGAUGUUUGAGUCGACCCCCACAAAGUGGCAGCGAAGGAUAUGCUUCUUUAGAUGAUAGUAACAAGUUCAUUUUAACAAUAAAACAAAUUCGUAGAAUACAGUACGAGUAACAGA